CGAGUCAACAUGGCGGCGCCGAGUAACGGCGUAGCUUAGUAACGAGAAGCAGCCCGGCGCACCGAGGCGGUUCUCUCGCGUUUCCAGACAACCACCGGGUUGGGCUUUGUUUCUCCGGGUUGUUGUGCCGUAAAGCAGAAGGCAUGCCGGGAAAACACGUCGAGCAGAACAAACAGGGAGACCUGGUGUUCGCCAAGAUGAAAGGGUUCCCUCACUGGCCGGCCCGGGUGUGUAAGUCUGAUGAUGGAACCAAGAAGAGAGUCUCGGUCUUCUUCUACGGGACGCACCAAAUAGGUCUGGUCCUCCCGGAGAACAUCGUCCCGUUCGUGGGCAACAAGAUGAAGUUCGGCAGCGGCGUGCGCAUCAAAGGCUUCUCUGAGGGCAUGUGGGAGAUCCAGAACACGCCGCGGGUCGGGAGCAAAGCAAGGGCUUCACCUACCAAGACGACUGCCACGGACACGCCUAAGAGCACCCCCUCUAAAGCCACGCCCACUCCAUCUAAAGCCACGCCCCUUAUAACCCAGGUCUCGGGUAAACAGGAAGUGGCUCCUGUGGGUAAAACUCCCACCAGAGCGUCUCUGAGAUCAUCCGGCCAGAAACCCACCUCAGAGCCCUGUGUUCACAGGAGGAGCAGGAGGCCAGGGGGGAGGAGGGAGGAGGAGAAGAAAGAGGAGGAGGUGGAGAUGGUGAAGAAGGAGGUGGAGGAGAAGAAAGAAGAAGAGGAGGAUGAGAAGAAAGAAGACAAGGAGAAGAAGAAGAAAGAGGAGGAGGGAGGACAGAGAGAAGAGGAGGAGAUGAGGGAGGAGGAGGAGUCAUCGGAGAAGCAAGGGCUCAAGAGGAGGAGAGAAGAGAAGGAAACGCAUGGGGACCUCGCUGAAGGAAAGAAAGAGGAGACGACGGCAUCAGAGAGGAAAGAGGAGGCGCAGGGUGGAGAAGGAGGAGCAAAGACAAAAGAGAAGGAGGAAGAGGAGAGCCGAGGAGUCAAGAGGAGGAGAAACCAGAAGGAAAGGAAUCAGGACGACAGCAAGGGAGCGAAACAAGUGGAAGAGGAGGAGAAACUGAGGAAGACGAAGAUCGAUGAUGGAGAACCAAAGACAUCGGAGGGCAAAAGGAUGAAGACGAGGAGAACAGAGAAGGAGGAGAAGAAGGAAACGGAACAACGUGGCAGGGAAGGAAAGAGGACGAAGAGGGAGACGAGAGCGGAGAAGGAAACGAGCGGAUCGGAGAAGGAAAGAGAACAAGGUUGCAGCGAAGGAAAGAAGGAGGACAAGAAGGAAACGAGAAGAACAGAGAAGGAGAAGGAAACGGAACAAGGUGGUAGCGAAGGAAAGAAGGAGGAGAGAACAAGGAGGGAGAUGAGGAGAACAGAGAAAGAAAAGGAGAAGGAGGAGAGAACAAGGAGGGAGGAGACGAGGGGAGCAGAGGAGGAGGAGAAGGAAACGGAACAAGGUAGCAGCGAAGGAAAGAAGGAGGAGAGGACGAGGAAAGAGGAGACGAGGGGAGCAGAGGAGAAAGAAACGGAACAAGGUAGCAACGAAGGAAAGAAGAAGGAGGAGAGGACGAGGAGAGGAAAGAAGGAAAUGAGAACGGAGGAGGAGGAAAUGGAACACGGUAGUAGCAAAGAAAAGAAGGAGAGGACAAGGAGGGAGGAGACGAGGGGAGCAGAGGAGGAGAAGGAAACGGAACAAGGUAGCAGCGAAGGAAAGAAGGAGGAGGAGAGGAUGAGGAGAGGAAAGAAGGAAACGAGAACAGAGAAGGAAAUGGAACAAGGUGGUAGAGAAGGAAAGAAGGAGGAGAGAACAAGGAGGGAGGAGAUGAGGGGAGCAGAGGAGGAGGAGAAGGAAACGGAACAAGGUAGCAGCGAAGGAAAGAAGGAGGAGAGGACGAGGAAAGAGGAGACGAGGGGAGCAGAGGAGAAAGAAACGGAACAAGGUAGCAACGAAGGAAAGAAGAAGGAGGAGAGGACGAGGAGAGGAAAGAAGGAAAUGAGAACGGAGGAGGAAAUGGAACACGGUAGUAGCAAAGAAAAGAAGGAGAGGACAAGGAGGGAGGAGACGAGGGGAGCAGAGGAGGAGAAGGAAACGGAACAAGGUAGCAGCGAAGGAAAGAAGGAGGAGGAGAGGAUGAGGAGAGGAAAGAAGGAAACGAGAACAGAGAAGGAGGAGGAAACGGAACAAGGUGGCAGCAAAGGAAUGAAGGAGAGGACGAGGAGAACAGACAAAGAGGACGAGAAGGAGGAGAGGACAAGGAGGGAGGAGACGAGGGGAGCGGGGAAGGAGGAGGAAACGGAACACGGUAGCAGUGAAGGAAAGAAGGAGGAGAGGACAAAGAGAGGAAAGAAGGAAACGAGAACAGAGGAGGAGGUGGAACAAGGUAGCAGUGAAGGAAAGAAGGAGGAGAGGUCAAAGAGAGGAAUGAAGGAAACGAGAACACAGAAGAAGGAGGAGGAAAUGGAACAAGGUAGCAGCGAAGGAAAGAAGGAGGAGAGGACAAAGAGAGGAAAGAAGGAAACGAGAACAGAGAAGGAGGAGGUGGAGGAGGAACCAGGUGGCAGCAAAGGAAAGGAGGAGGAGAGGACGAAGAGGGACACGAGGUCGGAGAGCGAGGGAAGGAAAAGAACGAGGGAAAAGGAGGAGCAGCUGAAAACUAACGGAGAGGAAAGGAGAGACAGGAAGGAGGAGGCGACGAUGAUGAUGAAGAAGGUGAAGGAUGUCGUGGUGGUGAUGAUGAAGAAGGAGAAGGAGGCGACGAUCAAGAAGAAGAAAGAGGAGGCGACGAUGAUGAAGAAGGAGGAGACGGAGGAGAAGGAGGUGAAGAAAACCAGAGGGAGCAAAGCGAUGAAGACGAGGAGAGGAAAGGGGGAAGAGGAGAUUGAGAAGGGAGGAGGCGCAGCGAACGAGGAGCGCCGCCUGGCUGCCAAGAGGGAAAGUCUGCUGACGUCUCUGAGAGGACUGCUGAAGGACGAGAGGGGAGCGAGGAGGAGGAGCAAGGGCUCCCUGAACCUGGAGGCGAAGAAGAGGAGGAGUCAGGCGGCGGCGGAGAAGAAGAACUCCACGAGCGGGAAGUCGAAAGAAGAGACGACGACGGAGGUGAAACUGAAAGGAGGCGCCAAAAAAGAGGAAGAGGAGAAGGAGGAGCAGACGACGGAGGAGAAGAAGAUGGACGUGAGCAAAGAGAAGGAGAGCGUCCAGAAGACGGAGGAGAAGAAAGACGAGAGGAAAAUCAUCGGGAAGAUCGUGAAGGCGACGCCUGGAGGCGGAGCCAAAGUCCAGGUGAAGACCGUGAUGGGGGGAGUGGCCAUGGCGGCGGCGGAGGAGAAGAAGAAGAAAGAGGAGAAGGUGGAAGACAAGAAGAAGAGUUCCGGGAAAGGGAAGGAGAGAGAGAAGCAGAGCGGGGAGAAGAAGAAGAACGAAGACGAGCAGAAGGAGGUGAAGAAGGAGAGCGAGGCGACGGGCGACCGGAGGGAGAGGAAGAGCGAGAGAACCACAGAAGAAGAGUCGGAGCAGAAGGUCUCCGACGGGGAGGCGGCACCGCCGAAGAAGAGGAGCGAUAAAGCGGAGUCUAAAGGGGGCGGAGCUACGAGGAGGGCCGAGGAGGCGGAGUCUAAAGAGGGCGGCGGCUCGUCGGGCGGCGGGAAGAAGAGCUCCGCCUCCGUGACGCUGACGGACUCCACGCUGCACCGGAUCCACGGAGACAUCCGAAUCGCCCUGAAGACCGACAGCCCCGACAUCAGGAAGUGCCUGCUGGCGUUGGACCAGCUCAGCAUGGUGUACGUGACGUGUAAACACGUGCAGAGGCACAGCGAGCUGGUCUCCACCCUCAGGAAGCUGCGGAGCUACAAGGCCAGCCGGGCCGUCAUGGACAAGGCGGCCAUGUUGUACAGCCGCUUCAAGAACGCCUUCCUGGUGGGGGAGGGGGAGGAGGUGGUGAGCGCCGCCUUCCUGCGCUCCCUGCUGGAGGAGAAGGAGCGGGAGGAGGCGCAGCGGGCAGAGAGGCUGAAGGGGGAGGAGCCUCUGGAGGAGAAGGAGAGGGAGGAGCCUCUGCAGGCCACAGACAGAGGGAGCGACGGAGGAGAGGAGGAGGUGAAAAUAGAAAUCGCUCCAGUGGACUGUCCCUGAAGGUUCUGUGUGUUUGAAGCCUGGACUGAACCAACUCCAAUCUGAGGGGUGGACCACGCCCCUUUCCCCCACAUAAACAAUUAUUUAUUACCCGUCACUGAGCGGUCGCCCUCACCUGUCUCUCUGACCCCACCUGUCGUCGUUUGGGUGCGCUGUACCUUUAAGAAGCCGACGUAGCCUUAACUACCUCUGCUAACAGUUCCUGAGUUGGUUCAGGCAGGUGACGGGGCUGAUGGGAGAUGUAGUUGUAUUGAGAGACUCUGAGUAUUACUGCCGCCUUGGUUGCCGGGCAGGAUUCGGUGCUUUUAUAGCUUUUGUACAUGUUUUAUUCAGUAAUGUGCCGCCGUGAGAUGUUGUUGUUGUUGUUGUCGCAUGAGACUGAUCUGAUGAUCCUGAUGAAGACGUUCUGUGUUCCUCGUUUACUGAAUUAAAGAAUCACAAGAGUCAAA